AUGGGUAGGAGGAGAUUAAAAGAGUGCGAAGAAGAGGAGAAGGAGGAGGAGCAAGUUGAUGAUGAGGAUGAUGAGGAUGAGGAUGAGGAUGAUGAGGAUGAGGAUGAGGAUGAUGAGGAUGAGGAUGAGGAUGAUGAGGAUGAGGAUGAUGAGGAUGAGGAUGAAGAUGAGGAUGCUGGCGAAGAUGUCGACUAUUUCCGUAUGGACGAGGCUAUCUUUGAUAGUUUGGCAAUGGACAACAAAGGAUUCAUUAAUAACCGAUACAAUAAUGAGUCUGCCGACGACCUAGACGACGAUGAGGACAACGCGAGCGGUACUGCUUCAUUGUUGCCCCUACGAUAG